CUGUCCUGCACUCUGGGUCCCAGGCUUCUGCGCCCCGUGCUGCCUGAGGUCCCCCAUGGCCCAACAGAGAGCCCUGCCCCAGAGCAAGGAGACACUGCUGCAGUCCUACAACAAGCGGCUCAAGGAUGACAUCAAGUCCAUCAUGGACAACUUCACGGAGAUCAUCAAGACCGCCAAGAUUGAGGACGAGACGCAAGUGUCCCGGGCCACUCAGGGUGAACAGGACAAUUACGAGAUGCACGUUCGAGCUGCCAACAUCGUCCGAGCUGGGGAGUCCCUCAUGAAGCUGGUGUCUGACCUCAAGCAGUUCCUGAUCCUCAAUGACUUCCCAUCGGUAAACGAGGCCAUUGACCAGCGCAACCAGCAGCUGCGCGCCCUACAGGAGGAGUGCGACCGGAAGCUCAUCGCCCUGCGGGAUGAGAUCUCCAUCGACCUCUACGAGCUGGAGGAGGAGUAUUACUCGUCCAGCUCAAGCCUUUGCGAAGCUAAUGACCUGCCUCUGUGCGAAGCUUACUGGAGGCUGGACCUCGACACAGACUCCGCUGACGGCCUCUCGGCCCCUCUGCUGGCAUCCCCGGAGCCCAGCGCUGGCCCCCUGCAGGCAGUGGCCCCUGCCCACUCCCACGCUGGUGGCCCUGGCCCCACGGAGCAUGCCUGAGCCUCCCGGGCUGCCCUUCCUGGGCCCCAGUUUCUCGGGAAUGAAACCCAGGGCUCCCCUCUGGACGAGCCACAGCUCACUCAGUUCAGCCUCGGUCCCCACUUGGGGCUUUAGGACUCUGGAGCCUCUGGCCUCCUUGGGAAC